UUCCUUUCUCCGAUUUUUUUUUUCUUUUUAUUUUUUCUUUUAGGCAAACCCAGGAGCUGGGUUCUGAACCCAAGCGCCUGGGUUCAUCGUGGGUUCCUAGGUUUCAAUCAUGUCAAGCGGUGAUGAUAAAAAACACCAAGUGGAUGAUUCCUUCAUGCUCAAAGCUAUGCAACAACAAUUUCAGAAGCUAGACGUCAUGUUUGGUGAAAUUAAAGACAAAAUGGAGAAGCAAGAUGCAGCUAUUGCCAAGUUAUACCAAAUACAGAAUGGAAGUCCAAAUUUUCAUAAUCACAAUCUUGAUGACAAUGAUGAAGAUGCAUUCAACGAUGAUGCCCAGAACUCAAAUUUCCGCAUGGACAGAUUUAUGAGGGUUAAAUACCCUUUUUGGUCCCUCUACUAUAAGAAAAAGCCCCUUUUUGGUCCUUGGAAACCCAAGAGCUGGGUUCUGAACCCAUGCGCCUGGGUUCAUCGUGGGUUCCUGGGUUCACGACAAACCCAGGAGCCUGGGCAAACCCAGGAGCUGGGUUCUAAACCCAAGCGCCUAGGUUCAUUGUGGGUUCUUGGGUUCACAAUGAACCCAAGCGCCUGGGUGCCUGGGUUCGUCGUGAACCCACAAGCUGGGUUCGUCAUGAACCCACAAGCUGGGUUCAUCGCGAACUUAGGCUCUUGGGUUCGUCGUGGGUUCUUGGGGAGAACAUCUGCAAACCUCCGCUUAAUGCCAGAAUGCAUCUGCUAUAUAUACAACCACAUGGCGAUGGAAUUAAACAAAAUUCUGGAUAAUCGCAUCGAUGAUUACACGAGGAUGCCAUUUGUGCCCUCAAGUUCUGGGGAUUGUGGUUUCUUAAAGAACAUAAUGAUGCUGUUUUACAAAACGAUAAGGAAGGAAGUGGAGGACAAUCAAAACAAAACUGCGUCGCAUUUUGCUUGGAGGAACUACGAUGACAUUAAUGAGUAUUUCUCGAGCAAAAGGUGUUUUAGGAGUCUGAAGUGGCCAAUUGACAUGCAGAGCAACUUUCUCUAUACAGCUAACAAGAACAAUAGAGUGGGAAAGAUGGGGUUUGUGGACUAGAGGUCAUUUUGGAAUGUGUUUCGGAGCUUUGACAAGCUAUGGGUUUUGUUGAUUUUGUUUUUGCAGGCAAUGAUAAUUGUUGCUUGGGAGGAGGCGUAGUCUAGAUGGAAAGCACUAAAGAGAAGAGAGGUGCAGGUGAAAUUGUUGACAGUUUUUAUCACCGGAGAAAGGAAAGGAUGGGGAAGAAGAUGGGGUAAAUAAGUAAUUAAAGGUAAA